AUGGCUAAUAAAAAGAAAGAAGAUUUCUCUGUCAAGGAGAUCCACCCCUCCAUCCGCGCCAAGAAACCAUUGAACGGUCCCACCUCCUCCUUUGAUCUUGUGGAGGAGAUGUUAUAUCUGUAUGUUGCAAUUGAGGGAGCCAGACUUCCUGCACCAGUUCAUAGUCUCCUCCAAGUUGAGCUCAAGAUAGGGAACUACAGAGGAAACACAAGUUACGCGGCGAGAAGUUCAAAGGGGGAGUUCAUGUGGAGCCGGAAGUUUGCUUUCACCAAGAGCAAACUUCAAGACACAACUGUGCAUGUUCUACUGAAGGGUGUAGAUGGAAUUGUCAUUAGUAAACGUAGCUUUGCUGUAUCAGAAGCACUAAUGAGAGUACCACCUGAUCCUCCAUUAGCAGCUCAGUGGUACAAACUAGUAGAUCCAAAAGGGGAUAAUUCUGUAGGAGAGUUGAUGAUGGCAUUUUGGACUGGGACUCAAGCCGAUCACGCCUAUCAUGAUGCUUCACAUUCUGAUAUAGAAGCACCUUUAAGCCCUGAGGGUUUAUUGAGUAUUCGUCCGAAAGUGCAUAAUUGGUCGAUGUUUUGGUACCUCAGAGUUCAUGUAAUCGCAGCUCAGGAUCUAAUGAUUCAUGACUUCAACAACAGGGAACAGCCAGCACAGAUUUUCGUAAGAGCUGAUGUUCUGGAAUGUGCCUUGACUACUAAAACUUGUUUAACUAAAACCCGGAACGCGAAGUGGGAUGAGGACUUGAUGUUUGUGGUUGCGGAUCCGGAUGAUGUAACUUUGUUUGUGGGAGUCUUUCAGCUGCUAAGGAGAGAUGCGUCACUUUCUACUGAUCAGGGGCAAGAGAUGAAAUGUAUAGGGCGUUGUGAGAUUCCUGUAAAGAAUGUGGGGAAGAGGAAUGAUAGAUCACCGGCUGCUAUUCAGUGGAAGGAUCUUAAGCUAAUGGAGGGUCAGGGGACCAAUGAGAGAUUUUCUAGUAAGAUUAAUAUGAGGAUCAGUUUGGAUGGUGGAUAUCAUGUUAUUGAUGAGCCUACUGAGUUUUCUAGUGAUCAAAGGCCAUCGGCAAAGAUACUGUGGAAACCUACGCUUGGGGUUUUUGAACUUGGAAUAAUGAGUGCCUCUGGAUUAUCCCCACUGAAUCCUAAGACUACUGUAGACACUUUCUGCGUCGCCAAAUAUGGGACUAAGUGGGUGAAGACGAAGACAAUUAUUGAUAAUUGUUCUCCGAAGUGGAAUGAACAGUGCAGCUGGGAUGUCUAUGAUCAUUGUACAUUCAUAACUAUUGCAGUUUUUGAAAACAAGUAUUUGCACAAAGGUGGUGAACGUCUUCCUGAUUUUGCCAUUGGAAAAGUAAGGAUUCGAUUGUCUGAUCUUGAACUUAAUAAAGUUUACACGAAUUCACAUCCGCUUGUGAAGCUAGAACCUUAUGGGGUGAAGAAGACAGGUGAACUUCAAUUGUCUUAUCGAUUUAGUCCCGUAUCUGUGUUUCAUGUGUAUGGUAAUUAUUCAAGGCCCCUUUGGCCUAAACUACAUUAUGAACUCCCACUAUCGGUACGUCAGAUUUCCAAACUAAAGGAUCAAGCUGUCAAGCUUACAGUAUCAAAGAUGCAGAAAGCUGAGCCACCACUAAGCGAAGAGGUUGUGCAUUAUGUGUUGGAGGACAACAAAUAUCAGUAUAGUCUCCGGAGAGCUAGAGCUAAUUUCCAACGGUGUGCGAAACUUAUGGAGAGUUUCUUAUUUUGCAAACAGUGGUUUGAUCGGCUGCGGAAUUGGACUAAUACGGUGCAUAAUUGUAUCUUUAUAACUUGCCUCAUUGUGGUCUAUUUCUACCCCAGUCUGGCACUGUCCUCCAUGUUUUUCAUGCUCUGCGGUCUAGGGGCUUGGGGUUACAGGAAGAGGCCUAGACAACUUGGUCACAUAGACACCGAGUUGUCUCAGGUUUAUAGUGUCGAACCUGACGAAAUCGCCGAAGAGUUGAAGUUACUCCCAACAGGUGUACCUGCGGAGGUUGUGAUGAUGAGGAGAUAUAAUCGACUUACAAGCAAUGUGUUGGAUUUUCAGACAUUGUUUGGUGACAUUGCAACUACAGGGGAGAAGGUGCAGUCUUUGUUGAGUUGGAGAGAUAGAAGAGCUACUCUUCUUGUACUGAUCUUCUUUUUCACUGCUGGGGUUUUCUUUUACUUUAACCCUUGUGGCGUGGAACUUAUAGUUAUCGUGACUAUAUUGCAUGUGAUCAGGCCACCAAUGUUUCGUAUUGGCCUCCCUUCAUGUUUUGAGAACUUCAUUAGGAGAAUGCCAUCAAAGAUGGACAGCAUGCUAUGA